GCAUAGCUUCAGAGUAAUGGAGGGAGAGGAGAGGGCCAGGGUGACCAAGGCGAGGCCGUGCCGUCUGACCGCCCUUCAGGAGCAGCUGAUCUGGGCCCUGCUGGGAUCUGGACUUUCCCGGGACAUCCUGGUCCAAGCCAUGGGGGAACUGGAACGAGACAGGGCUGGCGCUGAGAGGGCAGAGAGGGGGGAUGGAGAGAGCUCCGAGGAGGGAGAGAUGGAUUUCCCACCGCCUAUAUUCCGAGAUCUGGAGAAGCUUCCCCCAGAGGAAGCAGCCAAACUGAGGGCUGAAGUCGACCAGCUCCUGCAAGAGGACCCAUGGCACGUUGCAAAAAUGGUAAAAAGCUACAUGCAGCAGCACAACCUCCCUCAGAGAGAAGUGGUGGAGUCAACAGGACUCAACCAGUCCCAUCUAUCGCAGCACCUCAACAAAGGCACGCCUAUGAAGAACCAGAAGAGGGCUGCUCUGUACACCUGGUAUGUCAAGAGGCAGUGCGAGAUUAGCCAACAAUUUACUAAUGCCAAACAUGGUCUCACAUCUGUGGAUGACCAAGGGGAGGAAACCAGGAAAGGACGCAGGAACAGGUUCAAAUGGGGUCCAGCAUCCCUGCAGAUCCUCUUCCACGCCUACGAACGACAGAAGAACCCCAGCAAAGAAGAGAGGGAGGGAUUAGUGGAGGAGUGUAACAGGGCUGAAUGUCUCCAGAGGGGGGUGUCUCCUUCACAGCUUGCAGGCCUGGGCUCUAACCUGGUUACAGAGGUGCGAGUGUACAAUUGGUUCGCCAACCGCCGCAAAGAGGAGGCUUUCCGACAUAAACUGGCUCUCGACACACCUUUCACGACCCAACCAGGCUCCUCUUCCAACCCUACUCUCCCACCAAGUCCUGAGCACGCCAGAAGCAGCGGAGGGGAAAGAGUAGGACGCCUGGCAAGUCCCAUCCAACUGGAGCCCAGCCACACACUCCUCGAGACCCAUAAUCCCAAGCUGGUGUCCAGCGGUGGCACACUGCCUCCAGUAAGCACUCUGACCUCGCUACAUAGCCUCUCUGCCUCCUCUGCAUCCUCCCAGGGGCUCAUCAUGGCCUCCCUGCCCAGUGUGAUGAGUCUGGGAGAGUCUUCACUUCUCAUCGGUUUAGCUUCCACACAACCCCAGACUGUACCUGUUAUAAACAAUGUCGGGGCCAGUUUCACCACUCUCCAGCCAAUCUCAUUCCAGCAGCAGCUUCACGCCUCUCCACAACAGCAGCUAUCACAGCAGAUCCAGAGCCACAUGGGAGCCAGUCCAUUCAUGGCAACUAUGGCACAGCUGCCAUGUCACAUGUACAACAAAUCGGACUCACCUCAGUACCCCUCAUCCAGUCUGCUGUCUCAGACCAUGGUGAUCACUGACAGCAGCAGCCUGGGGACGCUGACCAGCCUCGCCACUGUCAGACAGAUACUUACAGUAGAUCCAGAGGAAGAGAAUGAACCUCGAUUAGAAGAAGACUCUCUCCAUCUGCAGCCUCACACACCUGUACCAGCUUCUUCUGAGAGCCUAGAGCUGUAUCCGUCCACUCAGACAACAGAGAGUCAUCAGUCCCACCUCCUCUCGCCCUCACCGACAGACAUCAGCUCUUACAUUCCCACACAAAUGGUCUCUACUGCACAGUAAUGCUGCUCUAGUAGUAACGCCUCCUCUCUAUCAGCUGCAUUCAGGACCCUGGUUGUGUUCAGGAUGACGGCUAUCUCUGGGGUAACUCUGGGAAAAACCAAUUUAACAUUUCACAGAGGAUCUCCAGGGUCCGCUGCCAUGUU